CAAAAAUAUAGUGUAUUUGUGACAAUGCCUUCGUAUGAAACUCAUCUUCGCAUAUUUAAUAACACGGUUACCGAUAUUUUAACAACAUCCGUUUCCGGAACAGACAACUAUGAUUGGGAUGGUAGAUCACGACCUGACAACAAUUUUGUUGGUGUUUUUAUUGGCGCUAAAACAUCAGAACAAAGAAGAGCUGAAGUUAAUAGAUGGGCAAAAAAUUGUCCUUUCACCAUGACUCUUCAUUUUCGAGAUGGGACUAUCGACACAUUUAGAGUAAAUCAAAAGGCUGCUAUAGAAAUCGAAAAUACGGAACAACAAUUACAAGAAUACAAAGCUGAGAAGUUGAAGAAAGAAGGAGAGGCAUCUGCUAAACAAAAACAAUACGAAGCUGCAAUGAAAAAUCUUGAUGAGGCUUUAAAAUUAACUCGUAAUAGUAAAACUAUUGCAGAUUGCAAAGCCCUUCAAGGAGAAGUCUUGAUGGCUCAAGCCUGGGAUUUGGAAUCCAAAGAAAGUGCUGCUCUUGCAGAGGAAAAGUUUAAAGAAGCUAAAGAAAAGUUUACACAAGCUGGUAAUCACAUAUGUGUGAGUCUUGUCAACUUGAAACUGGAAGCAAAUAAACUUUUCAAUGAGGCAAACAAGCUGGAAGAGGAAGCUUUUACUUUCUUCAAAAACGCAAAAAAUGGGGAUGAGCUCAAUUCGGCCCAGGAUAAAUAUAAAGAAGUUUUGGCUAAAUAUGAAGAAGCAAAGAAGAAAUUCGAUGAAGGAGUCAAGAGUGAUAAAGUUAAUUUUGAAGAGUGUGCUACAUUCGUUAAAUCUCAGAUCGAACAAGUGCAGAAAGUUAUAACAGAUAUUGAGAAAACAGAACUGAAUUAUAAUAUGAAUCAAGUGCAGGUUAAUGAGGAGAAGAAGAAGGAAGUUGGAGAAGAUGAAGUGAAUCAAAAUUUACAUGAAGAAAGAGAUGGGUGAACAAAAAUUAAAAGGACAAAAGCAAGAUAAUGUAAUACAUAUUUUACGAAUAUAUUAAAUUUAUAAAUAAUGAAAUUCAAAAAUAUUUAUAUGCAAUUAAUGGAUAUUUAGAUAUUUUAUUAA